AUGAACCAACCAAAGCCGAAACCAUCAAAACGACUGGACCUGCAAGGCAUCCGUGCAUUGGCUAUUAUAAUAGUACUUGGAUUCCAUUUUUAUCCAGAAUACUGUCCAAAUGGAUACCUUGGAGUUGAUCAAUUCUUCGUCUUAUCCGGAUUCCUAAUGUGUAUGUUGUUGAAACGUGCCGAAAAUCAAUCCCCAUGCCAAUUAGUCAGUCUCUUUUACUCCAAAAGAUUCAAACGAAUCCUCCCAUUAUACCUACUGGUUAUCCUUGUUUCCAUGAUUUGCCUCUAUUCAUUUUUCCCGGAUACCGCUAUCGAAACUAAUCAGGAAUCUGCUAUCCAUGCUCUUCUCUUCGUGUCCAAUCGGCCUAAAACAGUUGCCGAGGAUUAUUUUACAAUGCUAUCCAUCGCAGUCGACAUCUUCACCCAUACCUGGUCGUUAUCCGUGGAAAUUCAGUUCUAUUUUUUGGUUCCAUUCAUUUUUCUACUAGCUACCAAGAUUCCAGAAAAGUUUCAAUUGGGAUACUAUGGAGUAGUUGGAUUCAUCUCAUUCGUUCAUUUUUAUACACUUCCCUCCUCAGUGGCCUUCAAUAGCGUUUUUGCUAGAAUUUGGCAGUUUUUGAUUGGAAUGACAGUGUACUUGCUCGGAAUCUCUAAAUCCGAAUUUCACUAUCAAGUUUUGAAUAAUCUAGAAGAAUCAGAACCAGAAUCCAAACAGCUUCUUGGAGACGAAGAGAGCCAAGAAACAGAAUGCUGCCCCAAUGAACAGUUUUCGAACUUUCUAAAAUACUCUCAGCCCGUGACAUUUGUUUCAUUGAUCUGUUUGAUAUGUAUCAAUGUGUUCCCAUUGGCUUUACCUUCUUUAGUUGUGAGACCAGUCGUAACAAUGGGUACCGGAUUUUUGAUGCUAUUAUCUGAGGAUAAUUGGAUACUAUCUAACAAAGUAUUGACCUAUAUCGGUGACAUCUCUUAUUCCUUGUACCUGAUUCAUUGGCCAAUUUAUGCUUAUUGGAAAUUAACUUUCGAAGGAAACCAAAUUUUUCUUAUUCUUGCCUUGAUCUCUGCUCUGAUCCUUGCCGUAAUUACAUUUGAGACUUUUGAAAAAUGGUAUCUAAAACUGUCGUCUACAAAUAUUGGAGUACUCGUGGUGGUGCUUUUUUUCCUAAAUGUUGUUGUAAUCAAUAAGGAUGAGAUCACGGACCAUAUUGAUUCGAUUGGAAAGAACAUUUCAAGUCUAGACAAUGUUACAGAUGAUAUGACAGUUGACGACGCCGAGCGCCUAAACCACCGAUGGAGCGUAAAUGACAAUAAAAACUUGUUCGAUCCCACAUGUGUCUACGAGAACCCGAAAUCUGCAUUGGGAUGGUGCAGGCAUACUGGACUAUCCGGAAAAUUCAAGAUGGCUACCAUUGGAAACAGUUGGACAGCGAAUCAUGCUAAAAUGUUCUAUCAGGAGUGUGGGUAUAAGGCGAAGAGUAUUUAUCAAGGAUCUGCGUUUGGAUGCGAGCCUUUAUACCCCAGUGCCCAGAGUAAAAUGUGCCGAGAGAACUUCACGGAUUUUGAAGUUCGCAUUCGGAAGGAAAAACCAGACUACGCAUUUAUUUUCACAAGAUACAUGUCAAUCGGUGCUCCGUGGCCUUCAAAUGUCACAAGUUUCAAACAGGACCCAAUUUACCAAACUAUGAAGGAACAAAUGCUCAAAUUCAUCGAGAAUAUAAAAUAUAAAUUGUACAUUUUGGAUGCGAUUCCUAGAAUCAACAGAGGUGCAGUUAACCAUAUCGCAAGUCUGAUUAGGAAUGGAACUGAUCCAAUUGCCAUAGAUAACCUACUAGUUCGACCUCAUGAAUAUGAAAUGGCUCGAAAACGGCAUGCUCAACUGGUUAAGGAUUGUAAAGGGAAAUGCGUAAUGGUAGAUUAUAAGCCAGAAUUUUAUAAUUUGGAAACCGAAACUUUUCGAUAUUUUGAUGAGAGAGGAUUCUCUUAUUGGACUACACCACAACAUUUAUCACCUCAUGGAAUCGAACAUAUCCGACAUGUCUGGACGGAUAUUUGUAAAAAAUUAUAA